AUGCAGUGGCGGGCGGGCCACACGCCCAGCUACAACUUUAUCGAACCGCCCCGAACGCCACGCAAGCCGCCGGCGCUCGAUGCGCUUGCCGCGACCAUCCUCGAGCGCUGGGCUGGGCGUAUGGAGGUCCUCGAUCGACCGACGACGACAGCCAAGUUGUGGCAAGCGUUGUUGCAGCAGUCGCAGCCCAAUGGCACCGUGCCGUACCGCGAAGCGCCCAACGCAGUGUGCACGGCCAUAUACUUUGAGCUGCUUCAAGAGAUUCUGAGCGUGUACUUCGCGCCCGCGUCGACCAUCUGCGACCUCGUGCUCGGCGGUCUCCUCAACUCGGUCUACCGCUUGUACGACGCCAAAAAACCAUUUUACGACAACACGCCGUACUCUGGCACCUGCGUGCGCACGUCCCACGAAGAGCGCACGAGCCAGAACGAACACCACGUCAAAGUGAUCUACCAGCACUUUAGCCAGCUCGAGUCUUCCUGCCAGAAAGACGUUGUGCGCGACCUCGUCAAACCCGUGCUGACGCCGGACGUGGUCGUCGACUUGUGGGGCUUGUAUCUUGAAGCGCCCGUCGCGACGACGCUACGCCUCCCGACGACCGCAGCUGUCCAUGCGGCAACGUACGCCAAGUGCUUUCACUGCUUUGACGACGACGAGAAACGCCCGCUUCUCAAUAACUUAGCAAGCGCACUCGACCUGCGCGUCACCGAGGCGUCUCGCAUCGAGGUCCCGGCUCCAGUGACAAAGCUCCCCCCGACCCUCGCUCGUCAAAGCUCGCUGGUUCGGUCCGCAGAAAUGACGGCGUCACGGACGCUUAGUCCCCGUCGACCUUCGAUUCUUGCAGCGCCCAGCAAGGCGGCAACGCGACUCUCGGUGCGGCGCAAGUCGAUUCUUCCUCAUCCACCAAGUGUUUUGAGCCCAGAGGCGCUUCUCGCGAUGCUUCCCACGAUCAAGAGCUCGGUGGAUAGUUCUGGCUUUAGCAGCAGCAGCCGCAGCAUAACUGGCAACCAGAACCGGUGCAGCGAUGUGCCAGAGUCGACCGCUCUCAAGGAGUUUGUUGACGACGUCGGCGACGACCUCUUGGACAUCUUUACGCAGCUCAAGUCUGGUGAGUUUCGCAGCCAGCAAGCUGCAAUCCAAGAUCUCGGCGGCGUCUUGGAGCGGCACUUUGAAAAAGAAAUCGGCGACGUCGACGAAAAGGCCAAGGAGUCUGCGACCGCCAACACUGUGCCAACGGUCGUGCAGCUGCUCAAGGCGACGCCCAGCGCGCUUGGUAGCGUCCUCAAGCAGAUCCCGGACCUGCUCAUUGAUACGUUAACGCUUCAGCAAGGCAUCCUUAAGUACUGCAUGGUGCACUGCCCUCGCGUAGUCCAGCAUUUUUUGCGCCUCGAGACGAGCCCCGACGCACUCGACGCGUGGCACGCCACGGUCAAAGCCAACGCCACCGGUCUCACCUUACUGUGGUCGACCGAAACCACGUCCAACGUCGACGAUGUCACGCUGUCUCCACUGGAGGCAGCGUACCAUUGGCUCAACCACCACGUGGCCGACGCCGCCAAAGUUAUGCUUCUCAAUGGCGACCUCACGCGACAGCUCUUUGUUGAGAUGGAGAACGAGACGGCGAAAGCGCGCCCCAACACGCUCCAGCAACACCGACUCAAAAACCUCCUCUUGGAUUUGCACGAUCUUCCCACCUUUCGACUGCUCCGCGACGGCGCCCAGAUCCGAGGCCUCGACGCGGCGUUGAAGCGUGACGUGGCCGGCGUCACGCAGUGCCUCUACGCAAUUCUUUUAAGCGACGAGCACCUCAAGACGCUCGUGACCGAAUCGAAGGAGCUCACGACAGCCCUUGCGAUGCUGAGCAAGCCAGCGCUCAUGACACUGGUGACGUCCGACGUCAUGACAUGGGCGCCGUUUUUCGUUCAAGCUGUCACGGACAAUGAGUUUUUGCUCCGCGAUGCCAUCACGCAGCACUUGCCCGCAGGUGCUCGCUUUUUGGAGGCUUUCAACAAGGUUCUCACAGGCAGCGACGGACGCUGGGUCACACCUGACGACAACGAUCUUCCACGCGGGGCGCCCGCUCCAUCCAUCAGUCCGCCGAUUAUCGCGUCCGAGACCGAACCAAAACCAUCGACGCCCGUCAACAUCGGAGCCACGGUUCACGUCGCCCGCGCGCUCAACCUCUUUCGUCUCGGACGAAGUCGGUGGCAGCAAGCGGUCGCACCGAAGAGCGCACCCCGCGCCCCGACGUCCAAGGUCGCGACCAAAGCGAGCGUGUACCAUAUGCCGUGGCUUUGGAAGACUUUUGUCGUUGGCGAGUUCAAUAGCAUGAUGAAGCCGCGCGGGCCCGAGCUCUCUCUGCGGGAAAUGAAGAAGAACGUACUCGACAUCUUUAUCGAGAAGCUCAAAGUUGACGAGCUCGAGCUGGACGGCGAGGAUGCCGCCAGCGAUCUCGCAGCCUAUGUAUGUGACUACCUCAUGGCCAAGGUCCAAAAUCGCAGUCUUGUCGGGUCGCAGCUGCAGCAGAUCUUUCGCGGCUGUGAGAUGUUUCACAGUGACCGACGCGUCGCCUUCUUCGCAGCGGCGUGCGGUAUUCAGCGGCCAUUGGGCCGCGGCAUGCUCAAGAGCUACCUAAAGUCGCUUGGUCACAUUGUGUUUGGCGUUAUGAAGUGGCACGAGAUCUUUCGACCCGACCAAAAGUUGCACCAGACUGUCGACGGCGCGUGUAUCGUGAGCACAGACGUCGUGCUCGCGGCCGCCGCCAACGUUUUCGCCAAUUGCUUUGCAGCACAGGACAUUGGCGCUUUCAACGACCGUGUGCAGCAACUUCGCCGUGUACCCGUGCAAGAUCCAAGCGGGCGCAGCAAGGGUGGCUAUGUGGACCUCGACGAAGCAAUGGCGCUCUUCGUCGCCGAGUGGCAAACGCUCGAGGCGCAGAUCGACGAGCAAUACAUCGCGGCCUUCAACAAGUUUCGCGGCGCAAGCGACUUUAUCGGCAUCGAAGAGUUUGUCAAGAUCGUGCUGCACGUGACCCACGGCAGCGUCGCGCCGCGCGACUGCCGCCUCAUCUUUUACGACAUGGGCGAAGACAUGAUCGACCUCAAGACCCUUCUUCGGCUCACACAGCAGUACGACCUCCGCCUCUCGAUCAACCACGCGUCGAUACCCCUAACCGACGCCGAGCGCAUUGCUCUGCGGAGCACCCUCGGAAAUUCCAGCGUCCUCUCGUUUGAAGACGAGCUCAAGCAGCUCGUUGCGUGCUGGACGCACAUUCGCCCCGCCAUCGACAAGCAGCUCGAGAGCGUGCAUCAGAACGGCCGCACCAAGGAGAUCCUGCGGCGUCAGAAGCUUGCGGUCGAGGACUCGGUCGCGCUCUUGACGUCCGGCGCCGAGGGUCUCAGCGCCAAGGCAGCGUGGGAUACGUUCCGGUCGUCCGUCGCAAGCUUGCAGACCGCGGUCCAAGCGCAGAAGCAGUUUAGCACCGUCUACGUGCAGUGCCACAUUCGCAAGUGGGUCAAUAAGCUCAAGAGGCAGAGGGCGCCGAUGGCGUCCAGCGACGACCGCAUUUGCGCCGACGACGUCAUUGUGCCGGUCAAGGCCCCCGACCCGCUCCGUCGCAAGAGCAGCGCGCGGCGUGAUAGUACCGACUCCUUUGACCUCGACGCGAUCCUGCCGCAGCGCCGCAAGUCCCAGCAUCUAGCCCCCAACGAGGACCGCACGUCGCGAGUGGCCAAGGUAGUGACUGCAACGCUCUUCUCAGACGCGACCAAGAAGCAACACCAAGGCCCGAGUUAAUCCAGCGCUCGUGUUAAGGAGAGUCCA